CCCUCUCUUCUCCUUCCUUCACACCUACCCCCUCAAAAUCUCCACACCUUCAUUCUCUCUCGAAUAUCUCCAUUUCCUCUUACAGAUCAAGCUCUAAUGGCGUUGGAGUGGGUAGUUCUAGGCUACGCCGCAGGGGCAGAAGCAAUCAUGCUUCUCCUCCUCACCGUCCCGGGUCUUGACCCUCUCCGGAAGGGCCUAAUCACCGUCACCCGGAGCCUUCUGAAACCGUUCUUGUCCGUUGUGCCCUUCUGCCUCUUCCUGUUAAUGGAUAUCUACUGGAAGUACGAGAACCGACCCAGUUGUGAGUCCGACUCCUGCUCCCCCUCGGAGCACCUCCGCCACCAGAAGUCCAUCAUGAAGUCGCAGCGGAACGCGCUUUUGAUCGCUUCGGCUCUCGUUUUCUACUGGCUUCUCUAUUCUGUUACGGGGCUCGUUGUCAAGAUCGAUCAGUUGAACAAGCGGAUCGAGAAAUUGAAGGCCCAGGACUGAUUUGGUGCCCUGUUGGCCGAUGAGAUUGAAAUCGCCGACCCUUUUGUUGUUGGUAUUUUAGAGUUGCUCUUACGAAAUGUUUGAUGAUGAACUGAGUUUGUGGUUGCGUAAUUGCUAGGAUCUGUUCUGAUUUUGCUUGCUCUUGUCUUGUAUGUACUAUGUGAUUAAAGUCUUUACACGUAUAAUUGCGUAGUCAAUUUAAGGGCUUUACUUUUUCUAUCUUA